AUGUCUGCUCACUACGAUACCGAGCCACCUCCAACAGCCUCUGCGACACUCCAUACCACCGUUGGGCCCAUACACAUCUCGCUUUUCGCACGCCAGACGCCGCUCGCCUGCAAGAACUUCCUCCAACACUGUCUAGACGGGUACUACGAGGGCACCACGUUUCACCGUGUGGUACCUAACUUCGUCAUCCAAGGCGGCGACCCUACCGGCACUGGCUCAGGCGGUUCGUCUAUCUAUGAAUACCCCGAGUUCGAGUACGAUCCGCGUGAUGGCGAGAAGGUCGUGUUCAAAGAUGAAUUCCACAGUCGAUUACGGUUCAACAGACGUGGGCUUGUUGGCCUGGCGAAGAGCGAGGAUGGGACAUAUGGGAGCCAGUUCUUCAUUACGCUGGCGAAUGCAGAGCGGGAGCUAAACAAAACAUGUACCAUGUUUGGCAGGGUGGAAGGAGAGAGCAUAUAUAAGGUGGCGAGCAUUGCUGAAGCGGAGCUGGUAGAAGGGUCAGACAGGCCAGUCUACGCAGUAAAGAUUACGGGGUGUGAAGCUGACCAACUUGGUCCGUUCGAAGGGCAAUUGAAGCGCAGGGAGCGCAUUGCUGUUGCUGACAAGAAGUCAGAAGAAGCACCUGUGAAGGGGAAGAAGAAGAAAAAGGCCAAGGUGGGAAAGGCACUUUUGAGCUUUGCAGGCGACGAGGAUGAAGGAGAUGCCAUAUUACCGACUAAACCAAAAUUCAAUACCAAACUUGUCCGAGAAGAGGAAGAAGCUGCCUCAGUUGCAAAGAAACAGGUACAGCAUGAAGAGAAACGGGACAAGGUCAUGCAUAAACCAGAGCCAACACCAUCUCACACUGAGCCAUCCAACAAUAAUAAGAAGAAUUCUACAAAACCAGCGCCUAGAGAACCGGAUCCAAAUACACAACUCCCGUUACCAGAUGCCGAGUCGCCCUCACGCCCUGCAUCACCUUCAAGCUCAGCAUCAGAAUCACCACCACCUCGCCAAUCAUUGCUUUCCAAAACCAAUGCCCAAAUCGCUGCACUCAAGGCGUCUAUGAAACGAAGCACGGCUGCAGCAACCGCUGAGCCAACCAGAAAGAAAUCUGCUCUAGAGUCACUGAUACCAGAGACAUCGAUACGCGGCGCUAGAAAGAGAGCAUCAGCAGCAGGAAACUCAUCACAAGACGCAAUUGCACUAGACAUGUUCAAUGCUUUCAAGGCCAAGCUUGAAAACGCAGACUCAUCGUCUAAGAAAUCAAAACGAGACCACCAUGAUACCGGCUCCAAACCGGGGGGGAAGAAAAACACAGAACAAGAGCGAGGAGAGCCGGACGAGGAAGACGGAGAAGGACAGGUCUGUGACCUUCACUUCGUCGCGGGGUGUCUAUCGUGUCGGUCCUGGGAUGUUCCAGAAUCAGAAGAAGGAGCCGGAGAUGACGAUGAUACAGGUUGGAUGACGCAUACGCUGCAGUUCGGCAAAGAUACACUCGGUAAAGAUCUGAACUGGAAACAAGCUCAUCAGGGAAAUGAUGAUUUGGUUGUUAUUGAUCCACGGCAGAAGGAGAAGGAGAUUGCCGGUGGUGGUGGGAGGAAGAGAGAGCGCGAGAGGAAGAGGAAGCUCGAGACAGGACAAGACAGGGAAUGGGAUAGACGAGAUGCUAAGAAGCCUGAGAGUAGUCGUUCUUGA